GCAGUCCAGGUAAAGGUUGACCCAAUGGGCCUGAAAAAAACUCGGCCCAUUUAACAAACCCUAGCUGUAUUUCUUCGCCUCACCUCACCUCACUCUUGUUGCAGGUUGAUUUCUCACGGCGUCUCCGUUUUCAGCGAAGGAAGAAAGUGAGAAGAGCAGCAAGCAGUUGCUGCACUGAAAUUGGACAGCAAUGGUCCAUGUGUCAUUUUAUCGAAACUAUGGAAAGACUUUCAAGAAGCCCCGCCGUCCAUACGAGAAGGAACGUUUGGACGCUGAGUUAAAACUCGUAGGAGAAUACGGUCUCCGGUGCAAACGCGAGCUCUGGAGGGUGCAAUACGCUCUUAGUCGAAUUAGAAAUGCCGCAAGAAUGCUUUUGACCCUUGAAGAAAAGGACCCCCGUCGAAUUUUCGAGGGUGAAGCACUUAUGAGGAGAAUGAACCGUUACGGGCUUUUGGAUGAGAGCCAAAACAAGCUUGAUUAUGUGUUGGCACUUACCGUUGAGAACUUUCUAGAACGUCGUUUGCAGACACUCGUGUUCAAGACCGGUAUGGCUAAGUCUAUUCAUCAUGCUAGAGUGCUCAUCAAGCAGAGGCACAUCAGGGUUGGAAGGCAAGUGGUGAAUGUUCCGUCUUUCAUGGUGAGAGUUGACUCACAGAAGCACAUUGACUUCUCGCUCACAAGUCCCUUUGGUGGUGGCCGACCCGGCAGAGUUAAGCGAAAGAACCAAAAAGCUGCUGCCAAGAAGGCGGCAGGCGGUGAUGCUGACGAGGAUGAUGAAGAAUGAGCUGUUACUUGUAUCAAAGGCUUUCUUCAUCUCUAUUAUCUUUGUGGUCGUCGUUUAUUUAUUCGUCUUUCGAACCUUUUUAUCCUUAGGAAGUUUUGGAUGUUUUCGCUUUGAUGUUAAGGUUUUGAUAUCGGAUUAUGUUUUUAUAUGCUAAAACAUGGUGUUUAAUGUUUUAAGGUUGGUUAACCUUAACGUUAAUUA